AUGUCACAGCCCACCAGCGCCGUACAACCAGGCCGCAGCCUCGGUUGGAUAACGCUUGGCUCAUCUCUGCACAGCAUUGUCUCCAGAGUCAAGUCGCUGCCACAGACCUAUCCCAAGAUUGAUUUGUCAUACUCGUCUUCUCAGCCUCUGGUCCAACCUGUGAUCCUGAAUCUGCCUGCGAAUGGCUUGCGUCUUCGCUUUGACGGACCAGAUCAACGCUUACGGCUGAUUGAAGUGUUGGACUUCUCUGCCUCAUCCAUCACCUACAAGAGUACAGAUCUCGUGAAGCGCUCCAAAUCGUCUGACGACGACCAAGUAUCAGGCCUGUCCUCCCAGCGCCCGACUUUCAAGCACAUCUACAAUCGCCUCUUCGGACCAGCUUACGAAGGCGAAUACCUCCCUCCCGAUCCAGGCCACUCCAUAGGUACAUAUACCCUCUCAUAUCCUGGUCUGGCCUUCACAUUUCCGGUCCAGCAUAAGUCAUGGUCAGACAAAGCAGACUUCGUGUCCAUUCUGUCUUCUGUAGCGACAGGUCCUGCCAUCUCAAUGGCUAUCUUUUCCGGUCCCUCAUGGCCUGAGGCACGCUCGAUCCUAUUCAACAAGGUCGCCGCCCAGCCACGAUCAACUUCUGUGAAUGGCAAAGCCUCAGAUGGUUUGCCCGACGACAUCGAUGAUGUCAAGUUGUAUGGUGCUGGGCGCUUAGAGUUCGUGAGAAGAGGCGCGCCUAGCACAAUGGUACAGCUCAAUGAAACUACUCCACAAUCUUUGAUUGCGGAGUUCGGUCCGCCUGAUGCCAUCUACCGCAAGAAUGACAACAGGAUAUCAAUCCACGCGGGUCAAAGAACAUCUUCGAGGAGAGGUUCAAGCUUGUCGCCAGCCUUGGAUCCAACUGCUGUCGACACAGAUCAUUCUUCUCUCCAGAGCUACACAGAUGACUCUGAUGUGGAACCGUCAGAUUCUGCCCGAAGCUCAACAGGCGGGCAGAACCUUGAGUGCUUCUACAACUACUUCUACCACGGCUUUGAUGCCCUCGUUACCUACCCAGCGAGCAAGUCUCCGGCUUUUCCUGGGGUUCUCCAUGCGGACAUCAGCGAUGUAGACUCAUCACAUCUCGUGGUUACGAAGAUUAUCCUCCAUGGCAACGUGCCUGGCUCGUAUUCCUUCAACCGGCAUCGUAGGUGUCGAUGGAGUAUCCACACAACUAUUGAUGCGAGUUCUCCAGCUUUCAACUCAGAAAUGCCGUUCUCCGAGGUAUCAGAAUUGAUGAAGGACGUUUGGCGCGAGUCAUACGGCAGCUCGGAGGAGGAAAGACAGAUGCAGCGUGGAAUGGUGUUAAAUCGCGGUUGGGGUCAGAGUCCAGACAGUUCUAUUGAGCUGCUCGGCGGCUUCGAUGAUGCACCUAUCAAGCAGCAGGGACAGGCUGCGGUCAUGAAUAACACGGAUCUCUUCGGCUUCCCAGGUAUGUUGUUUGAGGUGCUGAAGAACGAUUCAAUCAGCGCCUUGACUGUCUACUGA